ACUCAUUGAAGCAAAGCACGAGAGAUCACUUCCGUCAUCGGAACGCAUCUUUUGACCUCACUAACCGGAUGCUGAACACAGUUGGACAUAGUGGUGUAUUAGAGAUUGUGUUACCAUUUCAAUGCAUUAUUUGAGCGACAGACGGCAACAGUUGGAGUUAAAAAUCAUCAUUUGUGUUCUACUGAAGAAACAAAGUCACCUACAUCUUGGAUGCCCUGGGGCGUCUGUUCAAAAUCGGAUCUGCCAGCCAACUUUAGAAUCUUCAGAAUGCUUUUAGCCUCCUGAACUGUGCGUGUAAAUCACGAAUUGGCUCCAGCAAGUCCGGGACCAAUUGCCCCAUUGGCACCUUUGUUACCUCAUUGAAGAAAAAUUCUCACCAGCUCCAGGGACUUCAAAGAGUCACCCUGGUGGGGCUAAGGGCCAUGUGGUCACAGACACCGGCCACAACCCCAAUACACACACACAUACAGACACUCACAAACACGCAUGGAGGUUGUGAAUGUACAUUUAUCCUCCAAAUAUGACUGUGCCAAAGUGUACCUGUCGUUGAGUUCAAGGUACAUGUAUGUAUCCCUAGUAUAUAAGCUUAGCUAUGACUGUAGUUGUAUUAGUUUUAUUCUAAACGAUAAAAUUCAAGUAUAAACUGUAUCUCCCCUUUUAUGACUUUGCCAUCUGACAAGUUUGGUCUCAUUGUAAAGCUUUCGUUAUGCCCUAAUUGAAAAUGUAUGUCACAUUACUGUAAAAUGCAUUUUUCUAUUUUUAAUGGUACUUUGAAGAAAAUGUACUCAGAUCUGACACUUCAUAAACUAUGCAAAUUAGGUCAUAAAUGGAGACAAAGAAAAAGUUUGCCCGCCAAAAUCGCACCCUCAUCAUUGGCUGAUGUACCCAAGGAGGCGUUCUGGUCUGUUGUCCUUAAAACACAAUGACACGCGUCUCUUGGCACAAGUUUCUUUUGUCAAGCCUUCUUCAUCCGUCGCCCGAAGUCUUCACUCUUCAUCGUCUAGGAGACUGACUCUUUCUUCUUUAUUUUACGGUUAUCUUACUCUUAAGUUAAACCCUUGUUUGAAAAUCCCGCCGAAGAACCCUUUCUCGGAAAAGGACCAAUCGCUCCAGCCGCAAGAACCGAAACUCCUGCAGAAACACGAAACGACCACAGCACCUGAACCUAUGCAAGUAUAGAACCAUUCUUUUCAAAGCGUUUUAAGCUCGAUGUGUAAGCUGAGUUUCCUUGCAGGCUCUCAAAGGUUUUAACUGUUAGUAAUUUGCCAUUUCUUUGAUCACCUCUGUUUUCUUGACUUUACUUUCGUUUUCUAUAUAUGUGUAUUAUUUGUGUAUAUUUAGCAGUAUAGCCUCUGUAUCCGUAGUUUCAUAUAUUAAAUACUUUAUAUUCAUGCUCGAUUGUUUCUGCUGCUCAUUCAGAAAACCAAGUCACUUCUACGUUGAUUCUGCAACAUUGCUUUAUGCUUUAAUGCUAUAAUAGGAAGUUAUUCUCGUGGCCAGAGAAUAACAUUUAUUUUAUAAUAGUCUAUGAGAAAACCCAUAGUUGUCUAGACAAACUAGGAUAGUUUUUCUAGACAACUAUUAAACUAGAACUAAUCAUAUAUGUAAUUGAUUAUAAUCCGUUGUAAUUAAUUCACAACAUAUGUGUAUAAUUCCCUCUUGGGUCGAUCUAUAUCAUUAUUAAUCAUAAGGCAUUAUGAUUUUUUAUAUAUAUAUAUAUAUAUAUUUCACCCAUGAUUUGAGCUAAUUGAUUAAAUACCUGUGAUUCACUACAGAUUGAACCUUUAAGUAAACAAUAAACUGUAUACUGUACAUAGUAAAAAGUCUUCACAGUCUUAAGUCUUGUGUCACUCAAAAAGUAGCAUUCAGCAUUUUGGUCAUCUGUUUUUAUGUAAGCUUUGUACUGUCAUUGUCACAGUCACUAUCUGUCUCACCAUCUCUAAACUACAUUUCCAAGCAUUCCUCCUGAUCCACACCUGCACCCAGUCAGCUCAUCAUCUCAUGGAUUCCCUGCACCUGAGCAUCAUCAUUAGCUCUUCUUAUAAAUACUCACUUCUCCUGCACUCCUUGUCUUGUCUCGUCAACGUCAAACUUACCAUGUUGUUUCGCCUGACCCACUUAUCUGUUGAUUACUUACCUGUUGUUCCUGUGAUAUGUCCUAGUUCUCCACCGCUGCUGUUCUCCACCGUCUCCACGCUCCUCAGCACCCUUAUUUGUACCACUUACCUCAGAGUCCCUUGUCUAUGUGCUGACAGUCAUAAGUCAACGCUUCCUUCCAAUGCAUUUAAGCCUAUGGAAAAUCGAAUAACUGAAGAACUGUUGUCUCACAUGCUCAUUGUUACUUCUGAAUCAUUUGUUGUGAUCUUAUUGGUUGUUCUGUAGGUGGGUUAAAACAAUCGCUUAAAAGCAUGAAUGCUGGUCUUGAACUUUGCAGAAGUGCUCUAAAGCUGUGAACAGUCCUUCUGUCCUCCACUGCAAUGAAGACUGUUGUGUUCACUUUGCUGGUUGUGGCUGUGGUUUGCAGCACAGGUGAUAAAAUCAUUGGAGGCUAUAAAUGUCCGCCCCACUCCCAGCCCUGGCAGGUGUACCUUACAGAUGAGUGUAAUGAAUGUGGAGGAUCUUUGAUUAAUGAAAGAUGGGUUGUGUCUGCUGCUCACUGCGACUUUGCAUUUUCACGUCUCAUCGUCUACCUGGGAAAGCACAACAAGUAUGUUAAUGAAACCACAGAGCAGCAGAUCGGGGUGGAGAAGGUGUUUCGUUACCCGAAAUAUAACGAUCAACCUCAUAACAAUGAUAUCAUGCUGAUCAAGCUGAGAAAGCCUGCCAUCUUCAACAAGUAUGUAAAGCCAAUCCGUCUGACAACCAGCUGCUCUUCUGCAGGGGAGCAGUGCUUGGUUUCUGGAUGGGGCGACACUGGAGUUGGCUCUGCUUCUGUCCUGCAGUGUUUGAAUUUGCCUGUACUCUCAAGGAUGCAGUGUAAGGGUGCAUAUGGCACGAAUAUGACUGAAAACAUGUUCUGCGCUGGAUUCAUGGAGGGAGGCAAAGACUCGUGUCAGGGGGAUUCUGGUGGGCCUUUAGUGUGCAACGGGAAACUGAAAGGUGUUGUUUCCUGGGGCAAUGGCUGUGCUAAGCCACACUUUCCUGGGGUUUAUACUGAGGUGUGUCGCUACACUGACUGGAUCAAAGACACCAUAGCUAAUAACUAACUCUUUGUUCAGCCUGGUCGGUCCUUUACAAGUUCAUUUUCCUAAUUAUCUGCAAUUAAAUUCAGUUUGAAGCAUGGAUGUGUUUCUGUCUUUUAUUUUUUUAUGGACAUUAUGUUUUUAAGCAUUUUUUUUUAAUCAUGUUUGCUCCCCACCCCUUACACUGUGCUGCUACAGCAGCAUGGCAAAAUUCAGUACCCCAUCAUGUGGGUGUGCAUGUCACAUGGAAAACAUUCAAAGCCUCAGAGUAUCAACAACAAGGCCAUCAGAAGAUGUAAUUUCUUACAUACAGUAGCUAGUGCACUAAAAUUCCCAUUACAGUGUUAGAAUUUUAUGGCUUAACAGACAGCCAAUCGCAUCUGUUGCCACAAAUGCACAUGGUUUGUACAGUCACAGAAACACUGUGUGUCACUGUCACUGAAAACCAUGCCCAACGGGUUUCAAUCCAACUGUCUCCAUUGACUUUGUAUUGUAUGAAGCUGUCUCCUUGUCAUUUCUGACUUAUUACAAAAAACAGAACAAUGUCUAAAAGCUGCUAUGUGACAGGGUGCACAGCAAACAAGCUAAAAAACCCAGAACCAAAAACAAAGAAGUUUUCAUAAGCUGGCGACCCAAAAAACAAUACAAAAAAAAACAACAAAACAAAACAAAAAC